UCGUGGUGACAUUGCUCUUCAUCCCUGGAGAGCUCUGCUAGCGAGACAAUGGAGGCAGAAGGCAGGAGCAGGACAGAGCUCGCUCUCCCCACUCCACGGGAGCCCGCCAGUGCAUCUGAAAUUGAACUUGCAGAAGUGUCUCUCCAGGAAAGCGUCUUACUGGAAAAGCCUGCCCCAACCGCACCACGCCAAACGUGGCUGACUGUUUUGAAGAGAGAGCUGGAAUUCCUGGGGGUAACACAAAUUCUGAUUGGUUUGAUAUACCUUUAUUUUGGAAUAAUUGUGAGCUCCAAGAUCAAUGAUUCAGAGUUUACUGAAAACUUUUUUUCAUCAUUUAAAGCUGGCUACCCAUUCUGGGGAGCCCUAUUUUUUGCUAUUUCUGGAAUUUUGUCAGUCAUGUCUGAAAAGAAACCUUCAGCGUAUCUGAUCCGAGGAUGCCUGGGAGCAAAUGCGGUUAGCAGCGUAGCCGCGGGGACAGGCGCCGGCACCCUCAUCAGUAACCUCAAGCAGAGCUCCACUUACGUCUUCCGCUGCAAGGAGGUCUAUGAGAAUGACUACUGCUCCCUGGCCUGCUUCUCCACUGAGGUUGUGGCGAUAAUCCUGCUUCUCACCAUCCUGGGCUUUGGCAGCGCAGUGUCACUCAUAGCUUAUGGAAUUGGUGAAAUAAUUGAAGGGAAUCAGAUUCCAGAAGAUCGUCUUUAUGAAGAAGUAAAUAUAUAUUCACCGAUUUACAGUGAGUUGGAAGAAAGAGAGGAGACAGCUUCUCCUGCUGAUUCGUAAGAAUCAUGUGUCCAGAACAUUCUGAUUCACAGCAAAAAGCUUAGAAAGCCAUGAUCUCUGUGUAACAACAGAGAUUUGUGUAACAACAUUACUGAAAUUACUGUGGAAUCCAUUCAUUUGCAUGUUGUGUAACAACAUUUCAAUUCUUUCUAUGACUUGGCAAGUUUAUAUUAUGGUUUAUUCUCCAGAUGGCAAUGUUCUACUUUUGUUGUCUCUGUUCACCUAAAUCCACCCCCUCCCAUUUGUAGAUAAGAUAGACUCCUGUGUUUCUUGUUUUCUGUCACUGUGUCACGCCCAUCCCUUCUGGGAUGUCCACCUGUAAUAAGUAAGCAUAACUGCAAAUCGGGAAAACAAGAGGAAGACUGGCUGAGAGCUGAGUUAAGCUUAACAGUUUGAUGAUAUUUGCUCUUAGCCUUUUUUAGAGCUGCAGAUGUGUGUGAUCUGUGACCCCUUUUCCACUGCAAGCACCUUGAGGGCAAAGCCCAUUCAGCAAACUCGCACUGAGAGCCAGCUCAGUGAGACUGGCCACACUUGUCUCCUUCACAUUGGGCAUUCCAGUAUUUGACCCAUGCUGGGCGCUCAGCGUGGGUGUACGGGGUGCAGGGCGAAGGUUCAGAGAAGGCGCGUCACCAGGUCGAGUCAGAAGUCACAUAGGGAAGGAGAAAGUUUGGAGAUGAUGACCAAAUUGACAUAAAUUAAGAAUAGAGUCAGAAAGACUUUGUUAGAUGGACAUAUGUGUAUUAACCAUUUUGGUGGAAACAUAUCAAAUUAGCAAUAGAUAUUUCCUCAUUGUGUUUGUUCUUAUAUGAACAAAACAACACAGUGUGUUAGAAGGAUCGCUGAUCUUAUAAAGUGCACUGGAAUACCAGGCCUAUUGCUUAUUUAUCGAGUGAGCUGCGGCACAUCCUUUGACGUUUUACUUAAUCAGGGUUUUUUCAUCUGUGACAUUAAGAUAUUAGGAAUAAUUUACCUUAAUUUACCUGCCAGCUCUAAAAGUGUGUGUAGAAACACAUGCGAACACAGGAUAAAUUGGUCUAAGUGCUGCCAAAGCAAGUGCCACAGUAUGAAUUAAAAGUGCUCUAAAAAAGAAAUUACUGUGGAAUCCAUUCAUUCGUAUUAAUCAUGGAUAUUCAUUCAUGCUCACACAUAGAAACCUCCGAGUCUUAGCAGUCUCUAAUGAUACAAAAUCUAAGUCCAUUUUAUCGUGAAAGUCCCACUUCCUGGUCCCGCUUCAACUUUCUCUUUAACAUGCGUCCUGCUCGACCUCCUCAUGUCAGCAUCCGGGGUUGAAACAUUCUUUCCUCCUUUCCGUUUCUGGUUGAGUCUCUCCUUUCCAUGAAGUCUAUCUUAAAUCCCAUCUGAUUCUCUAAGUUUUUCUAGUUGAUUGCUUCUCUCUCUAGAGGAUGUUUUUCGAAUCAGACACACACACACACACACACACACACACCUUACACUCUAUAUGGUUUUCUAUAGGCAAAUAUUUUAUGUCCCCUCAAUGAUAAUAUAUUUUUUCAGAGACACAAAAUCUCAUAAAAAUCUAUAUUUUGCCUGAAUCAGCAGCACAUUCACUGAUACAAUAUUGCUCAGAAUUAUUUGCAGACUGAUGAAUAAACAGUAGGGAGUUUUAUUAAGUUACUCACUGUAUCUGGUGAGCUGUAAACCAUAAAGGAAAAAUCACUUAAUGAAGAAUCUGAAAUGAAAGAAGAAUCAAUUAAGACCUGAGCUAAAAUGAAGUCAGUGGAAAUGAAGAG